AAUCAAAACAAUAAACAAAAGGCACCAAGAGAGAGCAGGUCAGACGGACGGCGAUAGACACAUGAUUCUCGUAUUUUAAGGCCUUUUCCUACACAGUUUACGACCUUCUAAUACUACACCAUGUUGAAGGAAUACAGGAUAUGUAUGCCGAUGUCGGUAGAGGAGUACCACAUUGGGCAGCUGUACAUGAUUGCCAGGCAUAGCUCUGAACAAAGUGAUGGGGGAGAGGGUGUGGAAGUAAUUGAAAAUGUUCCUCAUAGUGAUCCAAGUCACGGCAACGGGCAGUUCACAGAGAAGCGUAUUCACCUCUCUGGAAAACUUCCACCAUGGGCCAGAGCCUAUGUUCCACGAUUUAUAUAUCUAACUGAAAAAGCCUGGAACUAUUAUCCUUAUACUGAGACAGAAUACACGUGCUCUGUCAUUCCGAGGUUCAGUAUCAAGAUUCGCACACGAUAUGAGAAUAACAAUGGAUCCUCAGAAAAUUGCCUUAAUGUUAAUGAGGAGGAGCUGAAGCAAAGAAUAGUGGAUCAUGUGGAUAUCUUAACAGACCCAGUGGACGAAAGACACUACAAGAAAGAAGAGGAUCCUGCCACUUUCAAGUCGGAGAAGACUGGACGAGGACCGUUAAAAGAAGGAUGGCGUGAAUGUGCUGAUGUUAUAAUGUGCUCCUACAAACUGGUUGAUGUUUCAUUUCAAGUCUUUGGUUUCCAAACAAAAGUUGAAGAGUGGGCUCAGAGAGCUAUAAGGAACGUUCUCCUCUUGGGGCAUCGACAAGCAUUUGCAUGGAUAGAUGAGUGGCACGGCAUGACAAUAGAGGAUGUGCGCCAGUAUGAGAUAGGCAUGCAGGAGGAGACCAAUGCCAGGAUUCGAAGUGCACAGGAGAAACUAGAUAGUGAUAGUUCUGAGGCUGAGAAGAAGGAGAAAGGAAUAGACAGUGAUGGAGCAGAAGAUGCCCUUGACCAUUCAGAAGGCAGUGAAGCUGAGAAAAAACAGGACUCAAGCUCUUCCAAGGGGAGUGGGUCAGGAACUCCAGUCUCACCUCAGAAACCAGGAUAUUUUUCAUCUUGGUUUAAGUGGUCGUAGGUAUUACUAACAGAAAGGAAAAUUUGUGGCAUUGGAAAAAAAAAAAAAUGAUCUGGAAAUUUACUUAUGCAUCAGAGCUGCUGGAAUUAAAGGAGUACUUUGUAAACAUUUUUCUUUUUCUCUAAAUACUUCUUGUUUUAAUGAUUAAUUCUUCCUCCUCCUCCUCCUCUUCUUUCUCCUGCUCCUCCUGGAUAUUUUUGACCAAUUGAAUUAUAAGCCCAAGAGUUCCCUUCACUCAUGUUAAAGAGGACCAUACAAACAAUAGAGCCAAUAGAGAUGUAUUAUAAACCAAUGUGGAUGGACACAUAGAUGUUUUUUAGGAAGUCACAUAUAUAUUUUAGAAGUAUUUUAGCUUGUGGGAAUACAGCACAUAACCUGCAUUGGCUCUUACUUGUAGAAUCUAUUAUUUUCAUGAUCAAUUCUCUAUGAUGAUGAAAUAUGUAUUAUAUUUUUAUAGCAGCUUCAUUUGGAGAGUUAUCAAGGAAAUUUGUUAUGCUGAUUAUUCAUGACAUAGUUGAUAUAUGCUCGUGUGAUAUUGAACUAAUUUUUAAGCUUUCAACAAAUUGAGGUAAAGUGUUAAGUGCAAUAGCUUCAUGGGGAUUUGAUAAAAGGAUCAAUGUUAUGAAUGCAAGGCAUUUGUUUUAACUGUAGAAGGAAUAUACAUCCAGAAUACUGCUAAUUGCUAAGUUAAUAAAAACCACAUUGUAAUAUUUCUGCCACAUAUAAUGCACAUUUUUUAGGUAUAUUUAUGAAGAUUAUUAUACAAGUUUGAACGAUGAUCUUAAGCUUAGGGCACAUAAAUUUAUUUUUUUUAUGUGAGAACUGCACAAGUUACAAAACAUAUAAAAAACAAAUAAUACUUGCACUUAGGUUCAGGGUUGGUUUGCAUCAUAAAGUAAAGGAAGCAGAUGCAGAAUGCACUAUACUAUUACAGAACCUGUCUUUAUGAAUUCAAAGUAUGGAUACCAGGUAGAAGAUUGACUUAUGGCUUCGUUGUACAAAGAUUUUUAAAAAAUUUGUGUCAUAGUAUUGAUAUCUAAAUGUGAUCACCUCAUCUUGAAACUAAUUUUUGGUUUAAAAUUUUUAACCAUCGUAGAGAUGCAUCAGUCUGUAUGUAGAAGGUGUAAGAGCUUUAGUAAUCUGUGUUAAUAUUAUCAGAAUCCAUGAUGAGAACUGAUGAAACCCUCCUAAUUAUAACUGCCAGAAAUUUUGUUUCAAGCCAUGAGUUAAUGUUUAUGUUCUUUUUAUACUUAUUUUGUUUUAAUGGACUUGGUUGUAAUUCAUUACAGUGAUCUUUUAUUUAUUUUCUUGAAAAAUGGAUCUAUUGAUAAUACAAAAAAAUAAAAAAAAUAAACUGUA